UCUAGUUGGCCUUGUCUGAUCAAGGAGGCAGAUCAGCACUGAUCCUUGGAUUAUACGAUUUUUGGUUUAGCAGUCUGUUGGAGGAUAUGAGAUAAUAUUAAACCAAUGUAAGAGAAAAACGGCGUCAAUGACGAGUAUAACAAAUGGCUGUCUACGAUUUUAGAAUUUAGCAUAACGCCGAGAGUAAUUUCCAUCUUUACACAUGGCCAUUAUUAGCAAAACCGAUUCUGUAAAUUGCUCCCAACAAAUUGGCAACAAUAUUACGUUUCGCGCGAUUGCAGCAUAAAAUUGAAUGUUUUAAAUAAAAAUAUGGCUUUGGCUACAUGGGACACUGGCCAUGCUUCGGCUAUAUGAAAAUUUAAUUCCUUGUGUUUCAUGAAUAUGAGCCAGUUUCCAUCAGAAGGUAGUGACAUUCAUCUGAUUUCUGCAGAAACGUCUUCAGGCAAUGCUCUAAAUGCAACAUUCUGCUGUCUGUGUAUCUUUGCUUAUCUUCUGGCAAUGCUCAAUAAGGAUGGCUGAAUAAUGACAUAUAUAAUUUACAGUAAGCAUUUAUGCCAUUCUGCUAAUUCAGAACAUGGGCAAUAUUAUUAGUGGUCUCAGAAAUGCAUUUGUUUGGUUUGGUCAGUUACUUUGUCAGGGUUUCCAGAGAUUAUAUUAUGAUGUUAUCUUCGUCCCAGCUCUCUGUGGUCAUACAUUUACGAAAAAGGAACUUGAUGAUUAUAAGAAGCUGACAUACCUUAGCAAAAGUCAGAUUUACAAAGCCCACAGGCUGUUUCUUUCAUUCUGCACCUCACAGCCUUCAGAAACUCUAGGCCAAAAUUUAGUUUUGCGUUGGGAGAUGGUUGAAGAUCACAUGCCUGAAUUGUGGGCUUCACCGUUCAAGGAUCGUUUGCGUAGAAUAUUCUGCUCACGGAUGUUUCUCAUGUCAUUUGAAGAUUUCUUACAGAUGAUGUCAGUUUUUAGUGAUAGUUGCCCCAAAACUGUUAAAGCUGAAUAUGCAUUCAGACUUUAUGUGAAAAAGGAUAACAGGUGGUUAGCAUUUUUAUUCAAUAAAAAGUGGUAUGCUGUGAAUGAUUCACUUCUGUCAAAUAGUGCAUCUCGAGAAAAUAUUUGUGUGUAUUAUGGCCAACAAAUUCUCAUUUAUGUGUAUAGUUGCCAACAAAAUAUCUGUUUUUUUUUCCAUCCUGUUAAAUUAUUAAUAGUGUAUCUUCAUGUUCGAAUAUUUGUGCAGAUGUUGCCUAACCAGUCAUUGAUGUUCAUUCAUUUCUUGGACCUUUUCCACCUCUUGGUGAAUGUCAGGAAUAAUUGUUUGAUGCUACAACCAAGCUUAUAUCAAAGGUCAAGUCUCUUGCAUAUCAAGGUACCUAUGAGCAUAACUGUGUCUCAG